UUAGACAGGAAGUUGUUAUUAGCGAUGUCCCUUCCAUAAGCAAGAUGUCGGUGUCAAUGCUUCCCAUGUGUGUUCGCACAGGCUUGGGCCUGAGCCGGGUCCGUAACCGUGGCAUCUUGCUUCAGUCCUUCAUCCGAGCCUUCUCUGCAGAGAAGGGUAACAAUGCUACCGGGGGAUUGGCACAAGCUAUUCUUCAAGACAGAUUGCAGCAACAGAGGAAUCAGGAAAACUCAGCCAGCCCAGAGACCACAUGGUCAUCUGGAGAUUCUGGUCAGAAGAAGCAAGAGGAGAAAAAACAAAAAGAGAACUCUGCUUAUGCUAAGAAAAUUAUCCUAAGGCUUGCAGGUCUCUUUGGUAUUGGAAGUACUAUUACUGUGGUGUAUAUAUUUGGAAGCAGUUCCACUGAUGAGCAAGGAAACCGGAUUCCUGACGAGUUUGAUAAUGACCCACCAGUGUUUCAACAGAUAAGAAGGACUUGCAAAUAUUUUAAAGAUUACAGACAGAUGAUUAUUGAACCCACUAGUCCCAAACUGCUCCCAGACCCAUUGAAGGAGCCAUACUAUCAGCCACCGUACACACUUGUCCUAGAGCUGACUGAUGUUCUACUUCAUCCAGAGUGGUCGUUGGUAACUGGAUGGCGAUUUAAAAAGAGACCUGGAAUUGAGUAUUUAUUCCAACAGCUUGCACCACUUUAUGAGAUUGUAAUUUUUACAGCAGAAACUGGAAUGACUGCAUUUCCUCUGAUUGACAGUAUUGACCCACAUGGCUUUGUGAUGUACAGGCUUUUUCGAGAUGCCACACGUUAUGUAGAAGGUCAUCAUGUAAAGGAUGUGUCCUGUUUGAACAGAGAUGCUUCGAAGGUUAUUGUGAUUGAUUGUAAGAAGGAAGCAUUCAGCCUACAACCCUUCAAUGGUCUAGCUCUUCAGAAAUGGGAUGGUAGUUCAGAAGACCGCACUCUCUAUGAUCUUGCAGCAUUUCUUAAAACAAUUGCCAUUAGUGGUGUAGAAGAUGUAAGAAUGGUGUUGGAGAAUUAUGCAUUGGAAAAGGAUCCAAUAGAAGCAUUCAAAAAGAGACAGGCACAGCUUGCUCAGGAAGAAGAGCACAGAAUUUCUGAAAUUUCUCGACAUAAACAACAAGGCUUGUCACUAAGUACUAUUACGGGACGUUUCUGGCCUAGAUCAAAACAACAGUGACACAUUUUCAAUCUCCAUUUUCAUGGACAGUUUACAAAUGGAAUGGCUGUUGUGGGCAACUUCCUUGAACAAAUAAUUUAGUAUCCAUUCUGGAAAUUAUCAUCCUUGUCACAUUUGUUACUUUUUAAGUAAAAAAAAAA